AUGUCAUGGCACAUGCAUGCUGUGUCUGAUGGAGAGAGACGACGUGUGCAGCUUGCCAUGGGCCUACUGAGGCCCUGGAACCUCCUCCUGCUAGACGAAAUCACUGUUGACCUGGACCUACUUAGCCGAAGCAACUUCUUAGAUUUUUUGAAACGAGAAACUGAAAGGAGGCCUUGCACUAUUGUCUAUGCUACCCAUAUUCUGGACAACCUCGCUCAAUGGCCUACACACCUAGUACAUAUGCACAUGGGCCAUGUAAGGGACUGGGGUUCUAUGGAGAAGUUCUAUAGCAACCGUCCUCGCAUGUCGGAGAACAGUCAGCUUGGCGAACUGGUGCUGGAAUGGCUAAGGAAGGACAUGAAGGAGCGUGGUCCUCGACCCGGAAGACCAGCGGAGGCGAAGGAGGACAUCAGAGAUGAAUGA